GUAAAUUUUCUCUACACAAUUGGUUGAUAUAGUAAUGAAAAUUUUGAUGCAAAUACUACAACUACAUGGACUCACAUGAGAAAAAGUUGAAAGUGUCUAAAUUGAUAUAGUCUUACUAAUUUGCUAGGAACUUAUUAUAAAUGUUAGUCAACUUUCUUAAUGGCUAGUUGGAGAAUUGCUUUUGCGGGUUAACACAUGAAACAACCACACUCAUCCGCCACCCACCCAACCCAACCCACAGAAGAAUGUGAGCGAGACCAAAACCCACCCAACCCCAUUGCCUACCACUUUAUGAGUGUGACCAUGAUUUUCAAAUUUGAUAUUUUUAACAUAUAUCAAAAUGGAUAUCGUUGUGUAGAUCACAUAAAAACUUAUUUAUUGGCGCAAAAAUAACUAAAUUCGGAGUUCAAUCGAAAUAAAUACGGGUCAAUUAAUAAUGGUAGGGGAUUAAAAAAGAAGAUAGAGAAUUUGAUAGGGCACAUUCUAAUUGGAUUACUCAAAAACUUAAAAGAAAAAAUUAAAUAAGAAUGAAACUAUUCUUUAAAUUUUGAUUGGUGGAAGAGGUGCUGACGUGGAUGCGUAGGAAUGCUGGAAAUUUGAAAUGGUGAGGUGAGAAAGUGUAUAUUAUAUUCUUUAGAUUAGAUAAUAAAAUGGUACCACGUGACAAAAACAUGCCACCUCAGAGCUCAAUAUGUCACCUCAGCAUCAACUAAAGGAAAUUCGGACGAAAACAUAACGGUUGGUUAAUAUUGCAUACUAUAAUAGGUUUGGCUAAUAAAAAAGAAUGUAUAAAUUAAAAGGUUUGGCUAAUAAUUAGUUUUUUUUAUAAAAGGAUGUGGAGCAUCCUAACCUUCAUGUAUAACCAAAUCGUGCUCAGAAAUCCCAUGGACAUCAUACAUAAUCCAGUACAUCAAAGAAGGGUUGCAACAGGAAAGGAACGGAAACAACGACAAGUCAUGACCUCGAUUCUCGAGGAAAUCCGCACACUUAUUACCCUCUCCAAUCAGGCCCGCAGCAGCAGCAGAGCCUGUUUCGUGGCCAAUGGAUCCAUCGGAGUUGAGAGUGACCCACUCAGGAGGAGGCGGCUUUCAAGAGAUCAACUCCUCCUUUCUAAUGGGCGGACACAGAUGGGAACAGUCCGGUCCCUGUCCAUGGCUUGCCUCACGAUGGUUAUCCACGCCAGGACGCUCUGUAGAAAAGCUUCAAUUAUGAUGACCUUGUACGCGAAAACACGAUCAUUUCUGAUCCGCCAUAGGGACUAGCAAGUAAGGCCGAAAGAAAGGCCAAUGUGCUCCUCGACUGUUAAUUUCGCAAUCCGUUCCUGCAAUAAUUAGUGUUAACCCUAAACUUGACUUUUAUAUUGCUUAGCAGUACUCAUUGCAGUCAAAAUCGGGAUUUUGAUCGUAAAAUCGGGAUUUUGAUCGUAAAAUCGUAGGAUUUUAAGAUUUUACUUAGGGAUUCCGAUCCGGAUUUUACUAUAAAAUCGGUGGACCUUAAAAUCGUUCAAAAUCGGGAUUAAAAUCGUUAAAAUCGUAUCAAAAUCGGGAUUUUGAUCCUAUGUGAACAAAAUAGGGAGCUUGAGCCAAUUCAAAAGAAGCAAAACUGUUUUGGUGAAAAAGGCAAUGACGCGACUUUUCUCAUAUAUUGUUCCUAUUAAAAGAACAUUUGAAAAGAAGAAAAAAAAACUAAUUAGGGUUCGGUCAACCCCUUUCCCUUCUCUUUGUUUAACCCAUCUGUAAAAUAAUUUUCAGAAUAUUGUAAGUGCGUAAGAAUUAACAUCAUUAUUUAUAAAUUAUUUGAUUAAUGAAUAUAUUUGUACCAAACCAAUGACAUUAAUUAUUUUAUUGGAUUUCAGUUAUUCUUAGUUUUAAAUCAUGCUUAGUAGACGACGUCGGGAUACUACUUUGAGUUAAACUACCUAGACACAACAUGAAAAACAAGAGCCAAACCCCAUGAGCUCUAUCCCUUCCUCAUAAAUUAUUUUUAGUUACGCAUUAAAUAACAAUUAAAAUGAUGAUUUUGGAACAUUAAUCUUGAAAAUUAUCACUUUAAAUGUUAUAAGUCUUUGUGUUGUUAAUUAUUUACCUUAUUAAUAUUAUUAUAUGUUAAUUUCUAUAUGGUACUUAAAAUCUUACGAUUCUACGAUUCGAAUUUUAUCCCAGUUUUUUAUUUUAGGUAAAAUCCAGAUUUUAACUGCUUUGGCAGUAUUAUAAAAAAAAACUAUCCAACAAAAAUUGCUUAGCCAGUUAGCCAGUAAAGGAAGAAAUUGAGAACUUCUAGUAACUGACUUACUAUUCUAAAAUUUCAGGUAUCAUGAAGAAAAGAUUUAUUGAGACACAAACGACGCAGGAGCACUUCUACUAUGGUUUAAAAUAUUGGUGCUUCAAAAUAUAAUUUGAAGUUUUAUCAUAACGUUAAAAGGACAUAUUAAAGUUGUAUCAUAAGAGAAUUUGACCUUUAUGUUGUGGUACAACUUGAAGUUGUCACAACAUAAAGGUCAAACUUUAGU